UUCUUUUUUCCCCCUUGUCAAUGGCUUUCAGGACGCAUUCUAUUUGAAUGUCCGGAGCUUUAAAGUGACAAAUAAUGGAUAUUCUAUGGAUAUUAUGGAGCAUAUCGGCCGUUAUAGCUGUUGAAGAGACGCUCAUGGACUCCACCACAGCCACGGCGGAGCUGGGCUGGACCGUCUACCCUGUGUCAGGUUCUAGUGACAACAGCUGGGAGGAGGUGAGCGGUUAUGAUGAAAACAUGAACACCAUCCGGACCUACCAGGUCUGCAAUGUUUUUGACAACAAUCAGAACAACUGGGUACGGACAAAGUACAUCCGGCGUCGCGGUGCCCAGCGAAUACAUGUGGAAAUGAAGUUCUCAGUGAGGGACUGCAGUAGCAUCCCCAAUGUACCGGGCUCCUGCAAAGAGACAUUUAACCUCUAUUAUUACGAAUCAGACGCUGACACCGCCACCAGAACAUCACCAGCUUGGAUGGAAAACCCCUGGGUCAAGGUUGACACCAUUGCAGCAGAUGAGAGCUUUUCUCAGGUGGACCUUGGAGGCAGAGUGAUGAAAAUCAACACUGAGGUUCGGAGCUUCGGCCCUGUGUCGCGGAACGGGUUUUACCUGGCCUUCCAGGACUACGGCGGCUGCAUGUCGCUUAUCGCUGUUCGCGUCUUCUACAGAAAGUGCCCUCGUAUCAUCACAAACGGAGCCUUGUUCCAGGAGACACUGUCGGGGGCAGAGAGCACCUCCCUAGUGGCAGCCCGGGGUGUUUGCAUCCCUAAUGCGGAGGAGGUGGAUGUGCCCAUUAAGCUGUACUGCAACGGAGACGGCGAAUGGAUGGUACCCAUCGGACGCUGCAUGUGCAAGGCUGGGAACGAGGCUGUGCAGAAUGGAACUGUUUGUCGAGCUUGUCUGUCUGGGUUUUUCAAGCCAACUCAAGGUGACCAGCCCUGCAUGCAGUGUCCCAUCAACAGUCGGACCACCAAUGAAGGCGCCAUCAACUGUGUUUGUCGCAAUGGAUACUACCGCACAGACUCCGACCCCCUCCAGAUGCCGUGCACAACGGUUCCUUCUGCUCCACGGAACGUUAUCUCCAGUGUGAACGAAACCUCUGUCAUGCUGGAUUGGAUGCCUCCUCGCGAUUCAGGGGGCCGCGAGGACGUCGUCUUCAACAUCAUUUGCAAGAGCUGUGGAGGAGGGCGAGGAGGCUGCACCCGCUGCGGGGACAAUGUUCAGUUUUUGCCCCGUCAGCUGGGUCUGACAGAACCCCGGGUCUACAUAAGUGACCUGUUAGCCCACACGCAGUAUACUUUUGAGGUGCAGGCUGUCAACGGGGUGUCAGAUCAGAGUCCCUACUCCCCUCAGUACGCUUCAGUCAACAUUACCACAAACCAGGCUGCGCCGUCCACAGUGUCAAUAAUGCACCAGGUCAGUCGUACCGUGGACAGCAUCACCCUCUCCUGGUCCCAACCCGACCAACCCAACGGGGUUAUUCUGGACUACGAACUGCAGUACUAUGAAAAGGACCAAUCAGAAUAUAACUCUUCCACCAUCAGGAGCCAGACCAACACGGCGGUCAUCCGUGGCCUCAAGCCCGGAAGCAUCUAUGUGUUCCAGGUCCGAGCCCGCACCGUAGCUGGGUUUGGACGCUACAGUGGCAAGCUGUACUUCCAGACCAUGACUGAGGAGGAGUACAACACGAGCAUUCAGGAGAAGCUGCCUCUCAUCAUCGGUUCAGCAGCUGCUGGCUUGGUCUUCCUCAUUGCUGUGGUUGUCAUCAUCAUCGUCUGUAACCGGAGGCGUGGCUUCGAGAGGGCUGAUUCUGAGUACACUGACAAACUGCAGCACUACACCAGCGGCCACAUGACUCCAGGAAUGAAGAUUUACAUCGAUCCAUUCACAUACGAGGAUCCCAACGAGGCUGUGAGGGAGUUCGCCAAGGAGAUUGAUAUAUCCUGUGUGAAGAUUGAGCAGGUCAUCGGUGCAGGAGAGUUUGGGGAAGUGUGCAGUGGCAACCUAAAGCUGCCUGGUAAAAGAGAGAUGUUUGUGGCCAUCAAGACUCUGAAGUCUGGUUACACGGAGAAGCAGAGGCGGGACUUCCUCAGUGAGGCCAGCAUCAUGGGCCAGUUUGACCAUCCUAACAUCAUUCACCUGGAGGGUGUGGUCACGAAGAGCAGCCCUGUCAUGAUCAUCACUGAGUUCAUGGAGAACGGAUCGCUGGACUCCUUCCUUAGGCAAAACGACGGGCAGUUCACUGUGAUCCAGCUCGUCGGCAUGCUCCGUGGCAUUGCCUCGGGAAUGAAAUACCUUUCAGACAUGAACUACGUGCACCGUGACCUCGCUGCCCGUAACAUUCUGGUCAACAGCAACCUUGUGUGCAAGGUGUCGGACUUUGGACUUUCGCGCUUCCUGGAGGACGAUACCUCAGACCCCACUUACACCAGCGCUCUGGGAGGGAAGAUCCCUAUCCGAUGGACUGCACCCGAAGCCAUCCAAUACAGGAAGUUCACCUCUGCUAGUGAUGUGUGGAGCUAUGGAAUAGUCAUGUGGGAGGUCAUGUCCUACGGAGAGAGGCCUUACUGGGACAUGACUAAUCAAGAUGUCAUCAACGCCAUAGAGCAGGACUACCGUCUACCGCCACCCAUGGACUGUCCCAGUGCGCUGCACCAGCUCAUGUUGGACUGCUGGCAGAAAGACCGCAACAACCGACCAAAGUUCAGUCAGAUCGUCAACAACCUGGACAAGAUGAUCCGCAAUCCCAACACCCUGAAGGCCAUGACCCCGUUAUCGUCAUGUGUUCAUCUGCCGCUCCUGGACCGCAGCAUCCCAGACUUCUCCAGCUUCAGCACUGUGGACGAGUGGCUGGACGCCAUCAAGAUGGGACAGUACAAAGACAACUUCGCCAGCGCCGACUUCACCACCUUUGAUGUGGUGUCUCAUAUGACCAUGGACGACAUCCUUCGGGUGGGCGUGACGUUAGCAGGCCACCAAAAGAAGAUUCUCAACAGCGUCCAGAUGAUGCGGGCACAAAUGAACCAGAUCCAGUCUGUGGAGGUUUGACCCUCCCGAGCGGCGCAGAGGGAAAAGGCGGUCCGGGUGCAGGUCUCUGGGUGCGGAGGAUGGAGUGGAUGUUUACUUUUUUUCGCGUGACAGUUUGGUCUUCCCACCAGAUCGCCGUUCAUCCCCCGUUCCCUUCUCCACCUCUCUGUCCUCUUCUGUCCUCUCACCUCGACUGUUCCUUCAUUCUCGGGAUCAGCUGUGGAAGGCGAGGCCAUGUGAUGAGGUGUCAGAGGAGUCACAGCCAAAAAUAAAAGAAAGAAAAAAAACAAAAUAAACAAAGAAAAACCCUGCAGCCUGAAGCGCAGGAGGUUAGACCUGACCAGCAACACAUUUUUCAAUCUUCCACCAAUUUUGCUUUUGUUGGUUCUUUCUUCUGAUAAUUUUGUAAAGAGUUUUUUUAAAGGAUAAAGACUGAGCAAAGGCGAGGAUUUUAUCUAAAUUUAUAGAUGAUAUAAGGCUGUACACGAGACGAACUUAGUAGAAAGCUACCCUUUAAAAGGGCCCCAAACAACAAAACAAA